AUGAUUCGGCGAGCAAAUCCGGGUACACUAAUCAAGCUAGAAGUUGAUGAGGAAGAUAGAUUCAAAUUUAUGUUCCUCUCAUUUGGCGCAAGCAUACAGGGGUUUCCCUUCAUGAGGAAAGUAGUAGUGGUCGACGGUACGUUUUUACAUGGAAAAUACAAAGGUACACUACUACUCGCCACCACGCAAGAUGGAAACUUCAACAUUUUUCCCGUAGCCUUUGCUGUUGUUGAUACUGAGAACGAUGAGUCUUGGGAAUGGUUUUUUACACAACUACACCGUGUUAUUCCUGAUGAUGAAGGACUUGCCAUUAUUUCUGAUAGGCAUAAAUCCAUAGGAAAUGCUAUAGGGAAGGUUUAUCCUCUUGCUAGUCGGGGUAUUUGUACAUAUCAUCUCCAUAAGAACAUUAUGUUGAAAUUCAGAGGCGCUGAAACAUUCAAGCUUGUUAAGAAGGCUGCCACUGCUUAUAGACUUCUCGAGUUCAGUGCCCUUUUUGCUCAGAUUCAAGAGGCAAAUCCUGCACUGCAUGCAUACUUGGUGAAGGCAGAUAUUUGUAUGUGGAGUCGUGUACACUUCCAAGGUGAUAGGUACAAUUUCACCACUAGCAACAUAGCGGAGUCAUUAAACAAGGUGCUAUCUGCUGCAAGAGGUAAGCCUAUCGUACGACUAGUGGAUGAUAUAAGGAGUCUCCUGACCAGGUGGUUUGCUAAAAGACUUGUCAAUGCCAAUAACAUGGCUACCACUCUAACAACGGGCGUUGAGAAGUUGCUGGAGGCUAGAGUUGAAGAUGCUAAACUCUUACCUGUGCAAGAGAUUGAUCAACAUCGUACAGAGGUUUUAGGCACAACAUCUGCACAUGUUGUCAAUUUAACGGAGAAAACAUGUACUUGUCGACGGUUUGAUUUGGAUAAAAUUCCUUGCGUACAUGCCAUAGCCGCCGCCGAUAGGAGGAAGUUGUCGCCGAUCUCUCUUUGCCAUCAUUACUACCACACUAGUUACUUGCAACACGCGUAUGCUGUUAGUGUAAUGCCAAGAGACGUAGCACUCCCUGUGCUAGAUGAAGUAGCUACCAAAAUUUGUCUCUCGCCUGAUGUUCGCAACCGACCCGGCAGGCCAAAGAAAAUUCGGAUUAAGGGUGCGUUCGAGGCCGCCAUGGCGAGUAAACAUCCUCGGAAGAUCCCCAAAUGUGGUAACUGUGGCCAAGGCGGACAUAAUCGCCUAACAUGUCGAGCUUAG